UUCGAUGUCCGCCAUUUGCCAGCUUGAAUUCGCAAAGAACGCAUUAUUUUCUGUGUCACAGUAUCUAAAAAAAAUGGAGAAUUGUCGCACGCCCACGAACAAGACCAAAAUUACGUUUAAUCGCACGCCAACAUUAAAGGAGCGCAGAUGGAACACCCUGAAGGUGAACACCUCCAACGUGCGAUGCUCUACUCCGAUCUUCGGCAACUUCCGUUCGCCCAAUCUCUCGCCCAUCGAGAAUAUGGGCACGAAGAAGAGUCCAGUGUCGCCCAUGCGUUUCGCCACCUUCAAGAAAGUGCCAACGAAGGUGCAGCCCAAGCAGAACCAUCAGCAUCAGCACUGCCAUCGCACUCAGCUUAAGCCCCCGCCAUUCGUGCUGCCCAAGCCGCAGGAGGAGAUCAUUGAGCCGGAGCGAGAAAUAAAGAACUGCAGCAGCCCGGACACCUGUUCGGAUGACUCGAAUAUGGAGAACUCACUGGCCUUGGAGUCGCGUCGUCGUUCCAUUAAAGCAUCGAACCACUCGUACGUGGUCAACCAUGCCGCCAAUGUGGAACAGAUUCUCAUGCACAUGGGCCUGGAGAACUAUGUGACCAAUUUCGAAGAGGCUCACAUCGAUCUGGUGGAACUGGCAUCCUUGGAGCGUGCUGAUCUUGUCAAAAUCGGCCUAAAUACCGAUGAGGAUUGCAACCGCAUCAUGGAUGUGCUCCACACUCUUUAAGUGGAUCGCUGGCAUGUCCAUUUUUUAUCGUACAUUAAGAUUUUAACAUGUUUUAUGUGAAGAGAAACUUUGUGAUUUUAAUAUAUGUAGAUAACUAAGUAGGUAUUCUAAAAUGAUUGUAAAGGACCUGGCGUCUUAAAGCUUGUCGUUUUUAGUUAAAUAGUAUAGUAUAGUUAAAACUCUAUGUAACUCAUAAAAUGUUGCUCCAAAGUCCAUUUACAAGUUUAAAUUUAUUUCGUAAGCUAGCAAACUGCAUAAUACUUUUUGUCAAAAAAAAUUGGGGUAUAAACGCUUUUGUAAAACACACAUUUAUAAAAUUAAUAAACACAUAAGAAUCAAAUGCAUAUUAAAAGGUUAAAAAA